AUGGCAUCAGCAGUAAGUUUACUGGAUAGUGGUUCAACCGAAAUAAUUAAUCCAGAUAUUUAUUUUCAAAUACAUUUUCCUCCAAAAAACUUAAAAGAGAAUGAAAAUAAAAUCCAAGAAUUUGUUGAUAAACAUCAAAAAAAAGGCAGGAGAGUUGUAUUAGUUACAAGUGGAGGAACAACAGUACCACUUGAAAACAAUACAGUGAGAUUUUUAGAUAAUUUUAGUGCUGGAAGUCGUGCAGAUUAUGCAGUCAUUUUCAUGCACAGGCAAUUUAGUUUACAGCCUUAUAGUAGACAUUAUACUCAUGCAAGUAAUAAUUUUUUGGAUUUGUUGGAAUUAAAAGAUGAUGGAAGUGUUGUAGAUUUUGUAACUGUGACGGAUUAUUUGUUUCUUUUAAGAAGUGCUACUCAAAUUAUGAAUAAAUUAAAAGAGAAUGCUAUGUACUAUCUUGCUGCUGCUGUUAGUGAUUUCUUUAUUCCAGUUCAAAAAGUGUCUCAACAUAAAAUACAAUCAGGGGAAGGUGCUUUAACAUUAAAGAUGGAUCAAGUCCCAAAAUUUCUAAAACCAAUGGUAACAAAUUGGGCACCUGAAGGCUUUAUAGUUUCUUUUAAGUUAGAGACUGAUCCAUCACUUUUAGUUGAAAAAGCAAGAAAAGCCUUAACAAGAUAUGGACAUCAAAUUGUUAUUGCCAACCUUCUAAUGACACGUAAAACUGAAAUCAUUCCAGAAUUAUAA